AUGGAUGUCAUCAGUGCAGAGAAGCUUUUUGCCAUAAAAUAUUGUUACAAGAAAAGCCAACUCUUCCUCUACAAUCUCAAUCUUUUUCACUCUCUCAUCAUCUUCUUCUUUACCUUUUGGCUUUCUUCUCAAUUUGAUUGCUUUCCUCCCGACGCGCUUUCUUCGAUGAUCAAUAUGGUCGUUAUGCCUCCCUCGUUCUUCAGCCCGAGUUGCUUCUUCGUCAUCGUUAACUUCAUUGUCAUCUACAUAGUUGGAGAACAGAAGCUCGCUGGUGCAGAAUCGUCUUCCAUUAUGAACAAAAUGUAUGAUGAAUACUACAUCGGGAAAACUAUGGAGAUGAACAUGAACUCUUGUGAAAAUAUGAAACAAUUGGUUGAGAAAGUAGUGGAAGAAAAAGAAGAGGAAGAGAUGGGCUUCGUCGAGGGCGACAAUGACGGUGUCGAUGUGAGUGAAAAGUUAGAGACCGAAGGCGAUUGCGAGUUGGCCAAUGAAGAGUUGAACAAAAGAGCAGAAGCCUUCAUUGCAAGAGUUAACAAGCAAAGGAAGCUUGAAGCUGUGGAUUGUUUAACUUCUAAUGGUAGCUAG